CGCGCCGGAGCUUAACUUUUAUAUACGUUUGAGGUCAGUGGUUACAGAUAAGUAUAUUUAACCGAAACGAAGAUAAAAGAAAUAGAUAUAAGUAGAUGAUAUUAUUUUGUAAGGAAAGUAUUAAAGAUGAACAAAUAUUUUGAAGGAAAAAGAAUAUUAGUUACUGGAGGAUGUCAAGGAAUCGGAAAAGGAACAGUUUUAGAGUUAUGGCGAUUAGGUGCCAAAGUUGUCGCGUUGUCGCAUCAAGCAGAUAAUUUAGAAGCAAUGAAAAACGAAUACCCUUCCAUAGAAAUAGCGUGCGUUGACCUCCGAGACUGGGACAAAACACGACAAUUGGUUGAUUCCCUUGGCAUUUUCCACGCCUUAGUUAACUGUGCAGGUUUUAUAAACAAUGAACCAUUUUUGGAAUGCUCCCCAAAUGUUUUUGAUGAAACUAUGACUGUUAAUGUCAAAGCUAUUCUUAACGUCAGCCAAAUUGUAUCAAAAAAGAUGAUAGAAAAUGGUAUAAAGGGGUCUAUAGUUAAUGUAUCAUCUCAAACAUCAAAAGCAGCAAUAAAAGAUCACUUGGCUUAUUCUGCAUCUAAGGGUGCCGUAGAUUCUAUGACACAAGUUAUGGCUUUAGAGCUGGGAUCAUACGGCAUAAGAGUUAAUGCAAUUAACCCCACGGUAAUCCUGACGGAACUGGGCAGACGAGCAUGGGCGGAUCCCCAAAAAGCCCAAGCUAUGCUUACAAAAAUACCUUUGGGAAGAUUCGGUGAAGUACAAGAAGCGGUGAACGCAAUCGUGUUUCUUCUCAGCGAUAAAGCUAAUAUGAUCACUGGCGUUCAACUGCCUGUGGAUGGAGGUUUUCUUGCAACAUAAUAGUUUAAUAAAUAAAUACAAUUUCAAAUGUU